AUGUCUGUUAUGUUUUUGCCAAAAUCCCCUUUCGUUUAGCUACAAAUAACUGAAGAAUGCUCGCCGUUUGAAUACCCUGGCUGCAGAUCGUCGUAGUCAAAUUAUAGACUUUCGGAUAAAAUGUUCAAUAUCAGACUCGCGUCAUUAUACGCGCGAAAUGCGAGUUACAAAGUAGUGCGUUGAUGAUGAGUUAUACGAUUGAAUGGUUCGAAUCGGUCCAAGGCGAUCUUAUGAAUAAAAGCUACUCGAGCUAAGAAUUCGUGUUUUGUUUUGUUUUAUUCUGGCUCUGUACGAUACACCGUAAGUAUUUGGUUUACGAUCAGCGCCAGCAUCGGUUACUGCUGUACGAUGUCUGGAACGUGGAAAAUAUUAUUUUAAACAUCGUACAUUGUAUAGCUCGUGCCGAGGAGUGUAUAAUGUAAAAAAAAGGAAUCCGUUUCGCGAGGUCUUAUAAUCGCGCGUGUUACGUAGGCGCCGGACGCGGAGUGGAGUUUCGUAAGGUUUCGUGACGUUUGCGAAAAAAUAGAAACAUCAUAAACCACGUGGGUUCUCUUGCAUCGCCGGUGACGAUUUUGCGCGGAAUUUCUUGGCAGCCUGUUUCUAUUUAAAUACUUCAAUUCCGUCAGUUGAGCGUUCAUUAUAUUAUAGAGCUAUAGUGUUGGGAUGAUACACUAGGUGUGUACCUACACGACUAAUUUAUUAUUGUUAAUAUUAUAUAUUAAAAUUUCACGUCCGCCAUGUCUUUCCUCGACAUCGUCUCGAAAUUCAACCAACAAGCCGACAGCCAUUCGAAAUCACAGUCUUUGAACCCGUUUUCAGAACAGUUCGAACAGUCGCGGUCGCCGUCGCCCCGAUUUUCCCGGGAGGAAUACGGAAAGCCUAUAGCGGGCUCUAAAACGGAUUUGAGGGGACGAAAAGCAAAGUCUCACAUCUGCCGAGAGAUAUUAGAACUUUGCACCGUCAUACACGACGUCGGCACGUACAAUACGAAAAAGAGAGACCCCGACGACGACGACGAACAUUGUAUCGACGACGGUACGAUUAUCGUUAGUUUUGGCGAACUUUUUCAGAUUUACACGAAAAUAUCGGACAAAGUGGUGGGUCUGUUGAUAGCGGCCAAACGCCGUGGUUUCGUGUAUUUCGAUCGGGAAAUACUUUUUCAAAGAAGAGAUGACGACGUGCUGAUCGCUCUGUUAAAACCAAUUUCCGAAAUCAGCAAAAUAUUAAAAGAGGAUAUAAGUCAGGCAAACUCGUCGGCACCUGUCGAGUCGAAACCGGUCGAAAAAAAAAAAUCACCAUCGUCCAGUAAAACGAAACGAGUUAGACCCGAGUGUAAUAAAGAACAAAAUGAAAUGUCAUCUAAUCAUGUGACGAUCAGCGACCAACCAAAUGCCAUAUCAGAAGUUACAAAUGGCGAUACACUAGUCGUAGAAGUCGGAAUCGACGACGACCAUAAAACCAAUCGCGAUGAACCAAUAAACGUUGAAAACGUCGAAAGCAACGAUGGUCAUAGUACGAAUUGUAAUGAACAAGUCGACAACAACUUCGAUGGAGGAGAAUUAGUUAAUAAUGUUAUUGAAAUUUCAGAAAAUAUGGAGAACCAACGUAUUCAAGUAGACGAUAAUAUGUCGGAAGUAGUGAACGGUUUAGUUAUUGAUGACGAAAUUAAAACGAAAGAAAUCGAUGGUUUUGAUGUAGUUAUUGAAAAUAAGAGCGAAGUCUGUGAUUUGGCAUCGGACGACAAUAGCGGCGAAGUGCGGGCGGAAGUCGAAAAUAUUCAAAGCGAAACGUGUGUUGAGAUUAAUAAAACUCAUACGAACGACAGUCAAGGAGACGUGACAGAAGAAAGUAUUAACAACGUCGUCGUCAGCGGUAGCGAAAAUAACAUUAAUAACGAAACAGAACACAUAUGUUUGUAAACCAACAGCAUUCGGAUCCGAAUGAGAAAUGUCUACUUAGUACGUUUUUUUAAAAAAUAUUCCAUAGAUAAGUUUAAAAUGUAAGUUGAAAAAUAAAUAGGUGUAGGUGAUGUUGGUAUCGAGAACAAUACAAUUAUUACCUAUUGAAAUAUUAUAUGAAAACGCUGCCGACAAACCAAUCAUUUAGUACGGUUUAUGAUAAUAUUAUUACCUAUAAACGCUGUAGGAUAAAUUUAAUAAUCAUAAUAGAAAUACUUACCUAAAUUUAUGAAUACGCCGCUGUAGGUUAAUAAUAUUGUACAUUGUUUUUGUAAAUAAUAUUUAUUUUGUGCGGAAAAAUAGAUAUGGUAGUGGAAACGUGCGUACACUAUGGGUAAACGUUUUGAAAUCAUCUAGAAAUGCAACUGGUAACAUUUUGAAAUAUGAUGCUUAAUUUUAUUAUAACUACAUAAUCACGUGUAAAUAUAAAAAGGAAUUGUUCGUUAUAUUUGAAAUUACAUCUGUAAUUGGUUUUUAACAGGUGAAUUGAGCUACAAGAGAUCGCAUAUUUGAUGUGAUAAAUUUUCACGCGUUUUAUUUUUAUUUAGAAACAUAAUUGUUAUUAUUGAUAAUUCAUUUUUCUUUCUUAAUUAACUAUAACUUAAAUUUGAUAUGUAUUAUGAUUAAUUUAUUUUAUUAUUGUUUUAUUUUU